AAUUCAGCACCAAUUUUUUUAUUUUGAAUCCCAAAAAAAAAAAGGAAGAAAAAGAUAGAAGAAUGGAGCUACCUGUGAUAGAUUUGGAACCGUACUUGAAGAUCACCAGCCAACUUGGUGGCGACUCUGCCAAGGCAGUAACUGAUAUCGAGGUUGGAUUCGGUAAGUUGUGCGGUGAGGUGAGUUGUGUGCUUAAGGAAAUUGGGGCAUUGCAGGUCAAUGAUCUAAGAUGUCUGGCAGAGGACAAUGAUUGGUUCCUUAACAUGAUGGAGAAAAAAUUGGUGCUAAGGAUUAAGUCAAUGGCAUAGGAUUAUGUUAGAAACAUUGAAGGAAUCAGAGGAGUUGAAGAGGUGAGAAAGUGAUGGAGAUGGAGAUGAUUGCAGAAGGGCGAAAAAAAGUGGGGGCAGGGGAUUAAGAGAAAUGACGUCAUUUUGGUUUGGGACUCCAAUUUUCUUUUGAAGGGAGAUAAGACCAACAAACGUCUUUCAAUUAC